GGAGAGAUUUCAACCACCACUCUUCGCACAUAAUGCCUUCUACAUAUAAGAGAGAAAAGCCGUGGGACACGGACGAUAUCGACAAAUGGAAGAUCGAUCCUUUCAAGGCGGAGGACAAUGUCGCCGGUAGUUUCGCAGAGGAGUCGUCGUUCGCUACGCUAUUCCCCAAGUACAGAGAAGUCUAUCUGAAGGAGGCGUGGCCGGUCGUGACGAGAGCGCUGGAGAAGCACGGCAUCGCCUGCACUCUCGAUUUGGUGGAAGGCAGCAUGACGGUGAAGACGACGCGGAAAACUUAUGAUCCGGCGACUAUUCUCAAGGCUCGGGACUUGAUCAAGUUGCUGUCGAGAAGUGUGCCUGUGCAGCAGGCUUUGAAAAUCCUCGAGGACGACAUCGCAUGCGACGUCAUUAAGAUCCGCAACCAGGUGCGCAACAAAGAACGCUUCGUCAAGCGGCGACAACGUAUUCUCGGUCCCAACGGCUCGACGCUGAAGGCGCUCGAGCUCCUGACGAGCACGUACAUCCUCGUGCAAGGCAACACCGUCGCGGCGAUGGGACCGUUCAAGGGACUGAAGGAAGUGCGCAAGAUCAUCAACGACUGCAUGGCGAACAUCCAUCCCAUCUACCACAUCAAGGAGCUCAUGAUCAAGCGCGAGCUGGCCAAGGACCCGACGCUGGCCCACGAGUCAUGGGAUCGCUUCCUGCCCAACUUCAAGAAGCGCACGCUGUCCAAGCGUCGCACUCCCUUCCAGGUCACCGACAAGGCCAAGAAGGUCCACACGCCGUUCCCGCCGGCCCCCGAGAAGAGCAAGGUCGACCUGCAGAUCGAGUCUGGCGAGUACUUCCUGUCCAAGGACGCCAAGGAGCGCGCGCAGAAGGAAGAGGUUGUCGAGCGCCAGCGCGUGAAGCGCGAGGAGAAGAUGAAGGAGCGCGAGAAGUCGUUCGUCGCCCCGGAGGACCUGGAGGAUGCGGAGCGCAGGAAGAAGGAGAAGAAGGAGAGAAAGGAGAAGAAGGAGAAGAAGAAGCGCAAGCGCGAGGCCGAAGCCGAGGCCGACGCCGAGGGAUCCGAGAAGAAGGAAAAGAAGAAGAAGAGAAAGAGCAAGUCGAACGAGUCCGACGAGGAGGCGUAAACCGUACGCCUCGUGCUGGUUGUUAUUGCUAUACUAUUCCUUCGUUUGUAUUUGCUUUUCUUACGUCCAGAGAUCAGGCGCUUGGGCAUAGCAUGGGCUGGAGUUUCUUGUUCCCCAUCCCCUUACGCUACGGAUGGGGGAAACCAAAAUUAGUAUUGAGUUUGAUAUCUUUG